AAACUUUUUAGCUCACUGAGAGGUUUGGAAGCAGUUCCAGACAAAGGCGAGAGACGUCCUAACUCACCACCACCCGAAACCCAGAGCCAGCCGCCACCAUGUCGAGCAAGCGCGCCAAGGGGAAGACGACGAAGAAGCGCCCUCAGCGGGCCACCUCCAACGUCUUCGCCAUGUUCGACCAGUCCCAGAUCCAGGAGUUCAAGGAGGCCUUCAACAUGAUCGACCAGAACCGCGACGGCUUCAUUGACAAGGAGGACCUGCACGACAUGCUGGCCUCGCUGGGUAAAAACCCGUCGGACGAGUAUCUGGAAGGAAUGAUGAGCGAGGCACCCGGCCCCAUCAACUUCACCAUGUUCCUCACCAUGUUCGGCGAGCGGCUCAACGGCACGGACCCCGAGGACGUCAUCCGCAACGCCUUCGCCUGCUUCGACGAGGAGGGCUCCGGCGUGAUCCACGAGGACCACCUGCGGGAGCUGCUGACCACGAUGGGCGACCGCUUCACUGACGAGGAGGUGGACGAGCUGUUCCGCGAGGCGCCCAUCGACAAGAAGGGCAACUUCAACUACACUGAGUUCACCCGCAUCCUGAAGCAUGGCGCCAAGGACAAGGACGACAUCUAGGACUGCUUCCCUGCUUCCCCUUGGCCCUUACAGCACUGCUGCCCAGCUGGGACUCUUCUCUUUCCCCUGGCUACUCCGCCCAGAGCUUCUCCCAUUCUUCCUGGGACACACACUGCCUCCUAAGACUCCUUGCCCUUGGCCACGCUGGUGAAUUGGAACCUUUCUUCUGUGCAGCCUCUCAAACAGGACUCCUGUCUUUUCCAUCAGCCAGUAAAAAGGUCCCCCUCACUCAUCUGUGUACCUGUUCACCUUUCUGCUGCUGUAGUUUUCUCCCACUCCCCAAAACUCUGACAGAGACGUAGUUAUCAGACAGCUGUUGCUUGGCAGGCUGACCAACUCUUUUUAUAAUCGGUAGUUCCAGGCCAGUGAAGCUGGUCUAGUAAAAGCCUUCACUGGGCCACUUCAGCUCUUUCUCAAUGGCUCUUCAGCAGUCGAUCCUUUUUAGGUAGCGGCCAGGUGUCGUGGAAAGCCUGCUGGGAUCGUGGCCCCAAGGGUGCAGUUUGUUUUCCCCUGCUCUACCACAGUCCGCACACCUUCAUCCAAGAAAAGCAGAACAAAACCUCCGCCCGCAGAAACGCAUCUUCAGCUCCUCGUUUUAAACCGGUGUCGUGCUGUGCUUGCGACAGAAACACUGUGGAUGUCGGCAUCCUGUCAGUAAGGGGAGAGCCAGAGCCGGCCGCCAAAAACAGCACCGACGGCAUGAAAUUAGGUCAGAAAGGAAAGGGGUGAACCUGCACCCCCUCUCGGUCACCCUCCCCCCCAUGUUACCUUCUUGUAGAAGCAGGGGCUGUGCAGUUUCAUACUAGAUAUAUAUUAUAAAGUUAGAAAUAAAUAACAGUAGCAGCAGUAUAACAAGAAUAUGAAAUCCAAUACUAAGAUACCUACCUCCAACCUGAGGACCUAUAUACUCCACAUUAUUCCAAACCAAAGAUUGCACAGUGUCCAAGAGAACCAGCAAGCUGCCUCAUUUACUCCAGGUGUGGGAAUUGUACUCCCAAACCUCUCAUGCAGUUUUCUUCUUUCUUUUAUAACCUGUUAUGGAAGAAAUAAAAUCAUAACCCUAUCUAGUCAAGGUUCUUAAUUUUAUUUAACCCAAUUUUAAUCGAUCCAGACAGAGUUGCCAAUGAAUGCUGGAGACCUGAGGGAUUCUGAUUCAGGAUAAUUACCACGUGUAGAAUUAAGCCUUUAUUUUCUGUUCAGAGGUAGUAUUAAUGAAAACAUCUAAACUUUAAUAUAUAUAUAAGGAUGAAUAAUUCACUAAAUCCUUUCUAGUUUGUUGUGCUGAAUUCCAUAUUACAUUUGGUACAAAUAAAACUAGCUUGAAAACUCA